CUCUCGCCGCAGCUCCACCUCAUCGCUCUCAACAGCCCGCAGAGCGGCGGCAUGCGCGGCAUCCGCGGCGCCGACUUCCAGUGCUUCCAGCAGGCCCGGGAGGUGGGCCUGCUGGGCACGUUCCGGGCCUUCCUGUCCUCCAGGCUUCAAGACCUGUACAGCGUCGUCCGCAGGGCGGACCGCCACCACGUGCCCAUCGUGAACCUCCGGGACGAGCCGCUCUUUGACAACUGGGAGACGCUGUUCUCGGGCUCCGAAGGGCAGCUGCCGGCCGGCGCGCGCAUCCUCUCCUUCGACGGCAGGGACGUCCUCCAGCACCCGGCCUGGCCGCAGAAGAGCGUGUGGCACGGCUCCGACCCCAAGGGCCGCCGGCUGACCGAGAGCUACUGCGAGACGUGGCGCACGGAGCAGGGCGCCGCCACCGGCCAGGCGUCGUCGCUCGUGUCCGGCAGGCUGCUCGGGCAGAAGGCGGCCGGCUGCCACCACUCCUUCGUGGUCCUGUGCAUCGAGAACAGCUUCAUGACGGCCGCCUCCCGCAAGUAGGCCCGCGCCCUGCCCGCCGGCGGGCCGGACAGCGCGCUCGGGGCGGCCGGGCGGCCUCCCCGCAUGUAAUCACCGGAAAUAAAGAGAAACCAAAGAGUGGAUUUUCUAAA